UGUGUAUACGGUGGCCCGUGGAGAACAAAGAAGCAUCGAGGCGGUAUUUAAAGCGGAGUAAGUCUGCAGCGGACGACUUGAAGCGGCGGCCAAGCGCGCGUCACGACGAGCUGCAGCCAGCCGAUAUGCGGACGAGCGCGCACGCGUCCGGCGCCCUCCUCUGCCGCUGGCUCCUCAUCCUCACGCUCGCCGUGCUCGGGCCCGAGUACGCGCGCGCUGCCGCCGUGCGCCAGCCCGUCGUCACUGGCCACCACCACAAAGCGACACCGGUCUCUACCAAAUUUCCUGAGCUGAAGAAGCGAGUCAAGCUCCCUCAGGUCCACAAUCUCCUCAAGGAUGCCGUGCUGUCAAACGGCACUCUGAAGCCGGGGGAGCGUCCCCGUUGCGGAGUUCCUGACUUUCCUGGCAGCCAGCGGACACGUCUCCUACCACCAGGGUACCGGCGCAGACGCUUUGUCCUCUACGGGGGACGCCUGGACAAGAAUAACCUCACCUACAGGAUCGUGCGCUUCCCGUGGCAGAUGGACGAGGAACAAGUGAGACGCGUGUUUCGUGAAGCUCUGAAGAUUUGGAGCGACGUGACGCCGCUCACUUUCACCGAGACCCACGUCGGCAAAGCUGACAUCCGCAUCGACUUCGCCAGGUACUGGCACGGUGACAACCUCCCAUUCGAUGGCCCGGGUGGGAUCCUGGCUCACGCCUUCUUCCCCACAACACGUCGACAAGGAGAUGUCCACUUUGACUACGACGAGGCCUGGACACUCGGAAACCACAUGGGUACGGACCUUCUCCAGGUGGCGGCUCACGAGUUCGGCCACGUCCUGGGCCUGCUUCACUCGAAGGAGCCCGGAGCCAUCAUGUCCGCCUACUACUCUUUCUCGUAUCCGCUCAGGCUGAGCCUUGACGAUCGGCGCGGCAUUCAGUACCUGUAUGGAACGCGACUCCGGACGCGCCCCACACCGCUGCCCACUACACCGCUGCCGCCUCCGGCACAGUCCCAUCCCGAGACAAACGAGAUCCUCCCGCAUCCCGACGCGUGCCAGACGGAUUUCGACGCGGCGUCCAUGAUCCGUGGCGAACUUUUCUUCUUCAAGUCGGGAUACGUGUGGCGCAUCCGUGACGGCCAUCUUGAAAGCGGCUAUCCCGCCUUAGCGUCACGUCACUGGCGAGGGAUUCGCAACAAUGUAGACGCCGCCUUCGAAGACAAAGCAGGCAACAUUUGGUUCUUUCAAGGUGACAACUACUGGGUGUUCGACGCCCAGAUGCAGGUGCGUGGGCCCGAGUCCGUACGGGCCCUUGGGCUGCCCGAGGCGGCCGUCCGGGCGACGCUGCGCUGGGGUGACGACCCGGACUUCAACACCUACCUGUUCGGCUCGGGCAACUACUGGCGCUUCAGCCCGCAACACAAUCGCCUGGAAUCGCCGUACCCGCGAGCCAUGAGCGACUGGGGCGGCAUCCCCGCCGACGUGGACGCCACCUUCCGAGAUGCUUACGGCUAUGCUCACUUCAUCCGCGGACGGCAGUACUGGAAAUUCGACCCAGUGGCGAUGAACUCUCUGGAGGGUUACCCCCGCUACGUGGGCGUCGACUUCUUCGGCUGUCGAAACGUGUGACCGCCAUCAGGCUGCCGUCUCCCAAUCCCCCGACCCCAGGCGCUCCCACAUUGAUGUCCAAAGGCGUCAUUUGACGCCGUCUGCAAGCCAAACGCACUUCCAUCGGUUUCCGGGGUCAAGUCAGACACCUUGGCCUCGCCGUCACAUGUUCGAGGAUCGCGUUCGUGUUUGUCGGUGCAGGUCACUGACGAGCGCUUGUUACGCGAGAGUCACAUGUUAUGAAUUUACCCAUUAACAAUUAAGGUACAAUUUAUGAUUAUUGUCGUAAUGAUAUUGUAUAUUUAUACACAAACAUUUUUUGUAAAUAUAAUUUUCUUUUUUUUACUAAUUUUGCUACUUAAUCGUAAACACGUGUUCAGAAUGUUUGAACAGUUUUUCAAAAUAAAACAACUUUGAAACUAAA